AAAACACGUCCUGCCGGUUGACAAGCACCAACUUAAAGCCGACCUGUGCCAUAUCCUGUACUAUAUGUAUGAGAAACUUUCUUAACAGAUCCCCGGGACAUAUCUCAGACCAUGACGUUGAUGUUCGGUGCUGCAGUGAUCGCCUCCAUCGUCUUCUACUCCUCCAGUACUCCCGCUCAAAAGUUCCUCAGAGAUGGAAUCCAAAACAGUGACCCAAUUGUGAAAACGCUGUCAGGGAAGGUCAAAGGUCAUGUGGUAGAGACCCCUGCUUCAGACAAAGUGCAGGAGUACCUGGGCAUCCCGUAUGCAAAGCCACCUGUGGGAGAACUUAGGUUUGCUAAUCCUGAACCGGCCGAGAAAUGGACAGGAACGCUUAAUGCGCAGAAGUUCGGUCCGUCCUGUUACCAACCGCUGGAUCUCACGUUCGGAAACUUCCAGGGGUCGUCCAUGUGGAACGCUCCGGGAGAACUCUCCGAGGACUGUCUCAGUAUCAACGUCUGGACCCCUCACCCUCGACCACAGAACGCCGUUGUCAUGGUCUGGAUAUACGGUGGAGGAUUUUACAGCGGUACCACGGCUCUCUGGGUGUAUGACGGUAAGACGCUGGCUGGGCGCACGGGGGUUGUGGUCGUCUCUAUGAACUACAGGGUAGGCUCCCUGGGCUACCUAGCAACCGGAGAUGGAAGGAUCAAAGGUAAUUUCGGAAUGAUGGAUCAAGUCUUAGCUUUAAAAUGGGUACAGAAAAACAUCGCAUCAUUUGGCGGGGAUCCCCAAAAGGUGACAAUAUUUGGGGAAUCGGCAGGGGGCGCCAGUAUCGGCAUGCACAUGAUGUCGCCCCUCAGCAAGGACCUCUUCAAGCGCGCAAUAAUACAGAGUGCAUCACCGGACACUCACUGGUCCUUCAUGGAUCACAAGGCGGCUAGAUCUCGCUCAGAGAUGCUGUUUUCCGCGUUGAGCUGCCCGGAUGACGAGAACGUCCUCGAGUGCCUUCGCGGGAUUCGACCCGAUGACAUCGUCGCCAACGAAUGGGUUGACGGUAGUUUCCUCGUAUUUCCAUGGGCACCAACCGCCGACGGUGUCUUCCUGUCGUCGGCACCUCGCCAAUACAUCGAAAGUAAUCGGUUGAGGCCGAUGGAGCUUUUGAUUGGUGCUAACAAAGACGAAGGGACCUUCUGGAUUCUUUACGGUGUCCCCACAUACCACUGGAACACCAGCAGUCCACAAUCACGAAGCGACCUAAUCCGGGCUGUGAACAUCGUGGACUUUGACCUGUCGCCAGCGGGUCGACAGGAGGUCCUCGAUUUGUACACUGAAGGUAUUCGGCCCAAUGAUUUGUACGGAAACAGGGACGCUCUAGACGACAUCGUGGGCGACAGGAGUUUCCUCUGCCCUAGUGUGGAAUUCGCUCACGAUUACGUGAAGCUUAGACAAUCUGUGUACGUGUAUCAUCUCACGCAUCGGGCUAGCAAUGAAGUUUGGCCCGAGUGGAUGGGGGUCAUUCAUGGAGCCGAAAUACAGUACGUGUUUGGGAUGCCAUUUAACAAGUCCCGUGGUUACAGCGAUGACGAGGUGGUGCUGUCCGACAAGAUUAUGACAUACUGGAGCAACUUUGCGAAGUCCGGACACCCUAACGGUAACCAAGUGAGUGGGCUAGCUACAUGGCCCAAGAACAACUGGGGAGAAUACUUGGAGUUCGUCAGUGGAACUACUUUUAACCGGAAGAUGGGUUUCAGAACAAGGUACUGCGAUUUCUGGAAGAAUAUUGACCGCAAACAGUCCCACACAGAGAAGCUCAAGCGCUUGUUUCGUUUCGAUGCUCGAUGGUAAAGGCUGUGAAUAAUCGAUUCGUAUCUUGUGGAAACCGGAUAUGAUGAACUUGUCAUUACUGAUACGUCUGUAUUACAGAUGUUUCGGUUAUCACGGACAGGAGCAUUUCAUAAUAAAGAGAAAGGCCAAUCUGUUUAAAAGUUGUCGAUUUUCACUAUUUAAGUCCGUUAUAUGGCACAGAAGAGUGGAUGUGUCAUGAUGGAGGACUCUUGGUAACUUCGUAAGAAUAUUAACAUUUGUAGCUUUCAAAUAUCUAACGUGCAUGCGUUCGGGCAUGCGCAAAGAGAAGCAAUAUGGCGAGUUUUCGCCAGACUUCCGGCCACUGAUGAUCUUGGAUGGGUGGGUGAUCUAUUCAGGUGUAAAGUUUUAUCAGAGCAUUCCAUUUUUACAUCAUGUGUAUCUCUGUAAUCUCUGGAUGCUGUGUUUCUGUACAUAAGAUAAAUCAACAUGAAAAUGUGCUGUUGUUGUUGAGAUUCUAUUAUACAUUCACCGUGUUUGUCAUACAAGGCGGAGAGAACUCCAGUCCAGGCAAACUUUGUCUCAUGAUAAUAAAUACAAGCCCAAAUUUGCAAUUGUUACGACAUUCCGUGAAAAUUUGACCCAUGAACUAUGAACCAAGCGAGAUAUUGUUUAUUUUCAUCAACUACAAUAAUCCAAAUAAUAAUAUAAUAA